ACUUCAUAUCAUCCCCACGCCACUAAAAGCUUCUUCUUGGUUUACCACUGGACGCCAUGUUUUGUUUUGGCGGCUUGUCGCUUGGCGUGCUGUUUUUCCGCCUGGCCACCGCUCACGUGUUCCUGGGCACCGAGGAGGCCAGUCAGGUGUUGAUGCGGCCCAGACGAGCCAACAAAUACUUUGAGGAGCUCAAGCAAGGCAACAUGGAGCGCGAGUGUCAGGAGGAACGCUGCAGCAGGGAGGAGGCGCGAGAGAUUUUUGAAGAUGCAGCUCAAACUGACAAAUUCUGGGCCACAUAUUUUGAUGGUGACGCGUGUCUUUCGAUGCCCUGCGCUCACAGAGGACGUUGUGAAGAUGGGAUUGGUCGCUACACUUGCUACUGUGAUGAUGGCUACCAGGGUUCCAAUUGUGAAAUUGCUAUUCCUCAGCUCUGUGAGAACCAAAACGGAGGCUGUGAUCACUUCUGCAAGGUGGAGCAAGGAAACCUAGAGUGCUCGUGUGCUGAUGGAUAUUUCCUGGCUCCUGACGAAAAAUCCUGUGAAUCCAAUGAGCCCUUCAAAUGCGGCGUGACAAUCAGUGGCAAAACCAGAACCAUUUUCAGGUACCAGCGCCCUAACACCACAGAGGGAAAUGUCACUGGCUUCAACCAAACCCACGUUGAAGGCAAUGACACCGCCGCUGUCAGUCUGCCAGAGAGCUCAGCUCCUGGCAACAUCACCAGCGAACAAAUGGCGCACGACUAUGUGGAGGAGGAAGAACACUACUCCGACGUAGCUGGAAAAACCCGCAUCGUGAAUGGGGAGAACUGUCCACCAGGAGAUUGUCCAUGGCAGGCACUUCUCCUCGAUGAAAAUGACCUAGGGUUUUGUGGCGGUACCAUACUCAACGAAUACAUCAUCUUAACGGCGGCACACUGCAUGAACCACACAUCUUUUAUCUCUGUGAGGCUGGGUGAGUUUGACUUAUUGGCGGAAGAGGGGACUGAAGCCACUCACUAUCUUGAGACCGCCCUAACUCACAAGCUGUACCGCCCAGACACUUUUCACAAUGACAUUGCGCUCCUCAAACUGGCAACGCCCAUCAAGUUCUCCAGGUUCAUCCUGCCAGCCUGCCUCCCUGAGCCGGAUUUUGCUGAGAGGGUCCUUAUGAAACAGCAAGACGGGAUGGUUAGCGGUUUUGGCCGCCUUGGCGAAAAUAUGCCAACAUCCAAAAUUCUGCAGCGUCUCUCUGUACCCUAUGUGCCCCAACAAACGUGUAAAGAAUCUAGCAGUUUCCGUAUCUCUGCACACAUGUUCUGCGCAGGCUAUGACAAAAAAGCUAUGGAUUCGUGCAGAGGAGACAGUGGUGGGCCACACUUUACAUCAUACAAAAACACCAAUUUCAUUACUGGUAUUGUGAGCUGGGGCGAAGGCUGUGCCAAAGAAGGCAAGUACGGCGUCUACACUCAAGUAUCCAAAUUCACCAAAUGGAUCCGUUCGGCCAUCAAGUUGCUGUUGCGCAAAGAGAUGAGCGGGGGCAGGGUGAGGAGGCAGAGUGGACCAAUCAAGAGGCUGUAUUUAUAAAACAACCACAUCUUCUCGACAGACUGCCGAGACAAGUCGUGAAAUUUGGCUGGAUGAAAGAAAGCUUUUGAGUUUGUGCAUUUUUCAAACCCCAUAAAU